AUGCGUCAUAAAAAUGGUAAGCUGAAAGUUUCGGCUCUUGAUGUCUGUGAUCAGUGGCUCUUCGACCAGUUUGAUUCAAUCAUCCACCGCGGCAACGGUUUUUUCGACAAUGCGCCAUUUGUUUGCCGUUACCGGUGCUACCCGGUCUCUUUUUUAGGGAAGGAGGCGAUGGAGCGCGGCAACAAGAUAUCCAUGCCGCCAAGCGCGUUGAACGAGCUGGCCUCUCGCAACAUUACGUGGCCCAUGAUGUUCGAGUUGCGCAACGAUCUUAAGGGACGAUCCAGCCAUGCUGGAGUACUUGAGUUUGUGUCCGAGGAGGGCAUGUGCCACCUCCCGUACUGGGCUGGUGUUGUUGCCUUCGUCGCCGUAGACAUUGAAGGGCACCAGAUUCGUGAUAUGUCAGUGCGCAUGUGCUGUCUUAUUGCGUAUUCAAUGCAGCCGAAUGCAUUUGUUUUGCGUGCCACUUAUACAUGUACACAUUUGCUGCGUGUUAUCAGUGUGCAGAUGAUGCAAAACCUCGGACUGGAGGAAGGCGAUUAUCUGACCAUACGUAAUGUGCGCCUACCAAAAGCGGAGUGGGUGAAGUUCCGCCCGCGUAACGACAACUACUGGGAGAUUUCAAACCCCAAGGCUGUGCUGGAGACAGCUCUUCGCAACUUUACAACCCUAACAGUUGGCGACAAGAUCCCUAUUCACUAUCUGACCAACGUAUACGAGCUAGAGGUGAUGGAACUGCGUCCCAGCGACGCGUGUUGCAUUAUAGAGACCGAUAUGGAGGUCGAGUUCGCCGAGAGCCGGAAGAAAAAGAAAACCGAGCAAAAGCAGGUGGUGUCUGGCAAGCGUCUCGAUGGAAAGGCUAGCGUGCUGCGCCAAGAGGAGGCGACCGUCACAAAGCCUUGGCUCAACAAGCUGGAACACGGCGUUAGGCAUACUGAAAUUGUGGCCGGUUGGGCGCGUCGGCUCCGCCGCGAGGCACUCACUCUAGGACGACUCAGUCGUAAAAUGGCAGACGAACGGGCGUGUGCGCCGCACUUAUCUGAAUUUUACAGUUGUCUGGGCCGAUCUGGGCGUGACCUAUCGCAAUGUGGCCGCGAGCUGGGCGCGCUGCGCCAGUGCAGUGAUGGGGACAAGAGUGAGAACUACUGCGUUGGCGAGCUUACUCGUUUGAUGCGGUGCACAGGCGAGCCCGAUCGCACAGGUUGUGCGAAGGAGUUCAUCGCCUUCCGCGAGUGCCACCGUCCCGGAGGACCCGAGAUACUCAUCAAGGACAACAUGUACAAGAUCAGCAAGGACCAUAUGCACAAGUACAACGUUACUUCUGAUGAGAUCUGCCCUGUUUCUGCCCCAAGGCGCGACGGAAAGGCCAUAAGUGCCGCGUUGGAUAAGCUUCGCGCUGCCUGCGGCUUCAAGAACUUUGAGGAGAACGUCACUCCCAAAGUGAAGAUUUGA